AUGGUGCGAGAAUUGUUACCAUUUUCAAACGUUUCAACGCGAAUUUUUUCGUCCGCAACAAGUUUCUGUUUUCGCGCAAUUAAAAUCUUGGCAUUUAUCUCUCCUUACCCUUUGCUUCUUUCGUUCAGAAUUCUCGAAGACCUUCCCCAAAGAGGCAAAUUACCGGAAAUGGACAAUCCGCGAAAUCUAGAACGAAGAUCUCUGGGGAUCUGUAAGGAACAGAUUGUUGCUCCGCCGGGCCUAGAUAAAAAGAAAAGUCAGGCUACUUGCCUUCCAAAAAGAAGCGAAAACUUCUUUUCGAUGGUUCCCGCUUCUGGCCUGAAGGCCGAUAGGGUGCCGAAACAGCUUCUUCCCUGUUCUUGCACACCACACUGCAGAGGCAAAUGCCUUCGAACGGAGACGUUUUGCCUUAUAUGGCAGUGCCGAUUACAAAAGCGGGUAAGCAAAUACAUCCAGUCUGGGCGGCUAUUUUGUUACAAACUAGCAAUAAAUAGGAGUUUCAAGGAUUUGCCACUGAACACAACAUAUUGUCAAGAACUGUAUAGUUGUGCUUUUUUGAAAGACAGAAGGAUACGAAGCACAUAUUAG